AAACAAAUGAACAGCACCAUGUCUUCAAUCAAUGAAAUAGACGAGAGUAGGCAAACUACUGUCUCGCCUGGAAACACUCCUGAAACGAGCUUACCUGCCGAGAAAUCAACAACACCACCAGCAACAGAUGCCAUGGAGACUGAUGAUCCCGAAGGUACUGAAACCCCAGCUGUUGAUGGUGAAAACGAACCAACAUCAACAGCAGAAGCAGAAAUCGAAACAGAAGAGGCAACAGAACAGUCGAUGUCUCUCCCAUUGUCAAAAAUAAAGAGAAUAUUUAAAAUGGAUCCAGAAUAUCUUGCUGCUUCACAAACUGCUGUUUAUACAGCAGGGUUAGCCACAGAAUUAUUUGUUCAAUACUUUGUAGAACAGGCAAGCUUGCAGGCCAAAAUGGAUAAAAGAAAGAAAAUCCAAUAUAAAGAUUUCUCCUCUGCCGUUGCCAGUCAUGAUUCCUUAAACUUUUUGAGUGAUACCAUUCCUAAAACCCAACCAAUUGGUGAAUUAAUUCAGAACAAAAAGGUUAAUAUCCCAGGCUCUGCACCAGGUAAAGUUACAAACUCAACUGGAAAUUCCAGCGAUAAUACUUCAAGACCGGCAGAGAUUUUAUCCAAAGGGCAACAAACGCUCCAUUUUCCAAUUGCAACUACACCAAAAGAAGACAAGCCAAUCCGCAAAGCUGUUAUCCAUGAUCUAAUAGCAGAAGACGAAGCAACUACUACCGAUGAUGCAGAAGGACUGACAGAUGUUGUAAUGAUAGAUUGAGUUUACUUUUCUAAGUACUAUAAAUAGAUUCUAUAAUUCAUGACUUUGUAGCACCUCGAUGAUACCAGCAGUAUCUCUAGAUAAGAUAAGAUCUUCAGGAAUCUUUAAUCUGUGGCAUAAACUAACUACGUUAUACCUGACAAUAUCAGGUAUGGUUCUCUCAUAAGCUUGCACACCGGUGAUUAAAAAUUUGAUAAGGACAUUUCUUAACUUCGGGUGUGUUCUAAGAGGGCUCUGCAGCACUGUCAACAGUCUUUCUUUUGAAAGUUCAUCCUUAGUACCCUUGCUGGAUAUGAGCUUGGAGUGUUCAGACAUAAAUUCCCAGGCUUCUUGAAAUUUCCUUGCAAAAAAGUAUUCCUCUUUGCUCACAUCUUCAGUUAAAAUUUCAGUUACAAAUUCCAAUGAUUGAAACAUCAAAUUUGUUUCUUCCAGAGUGUAUCCAAUAACAUCAAUGUUGGGGUAGGUGGAAAGUGAUUUAGAUCCAGAUAUUAGAGUGACCAACAAGGGCCAAUUACUGGCAAUUACUGGUAAAACCAAUUUGUAAUUAAAACAAAGUAAUGGGAAUAUUAAACGUAAAGUUUUUAUUAUUUGAGCUCUCAAAGAAAAAGAUGGUUGGGCAAUCAAAACGAAUCCAUAAUUGAAAAUUCUUUGCAAGAUAAAAUAUACCUUCUUUGGAACAACUGACUGCCACUCUUCUUCUUCUUCCUCCUCUUCUUCUUGCUCCUCUUCACUCUCAUCCUCAUCAUCAGAAUCUUGCAGUAUCUCUGAAAAUGGGACAUCUGUUUUUCUCUUGAAAUAUUCCUUAGUGCUAUCAUAUUCAACAACUGAAUCAAGAACACUUCCGGCACCCAGGAUGAGUGCCAUCAUUUGCUCUUUGCUACUCAUCCCCCAGGGUUUAUAUGAUGAGGAAUUUAUAUUAUCAGCACUUUUAAUCGUUUGCCUUGAACCAUACUGUUUAUUAAUCUGUUCAGUUAAUGAUUCAAAUACAACAAAGAAAGAUUCAGCUAGUUUGUUGUAGCCAUGGUAUGUGUCUAAAAGAACAAACAUUUCAGUUAGAAUAUCAGUAAGUUGAUUAGAUUCUAACAACUGAAUCCC